CCGAGCCGUUCGGGCUCUCCGUCGGCUCGACCAAUGGGAGGCCGCGGAGCGGUGCCGCCGCGCGCAUGCGUUGUAGGGAAUGUGAAGCCGCUAUAACGGCCAUGUUUAAGCGGGGGCUGGACGGUUGGCUGAGGGAAUCGUAAUUAACAAAAAGGAGUUUCGUUAAAAGUGAGAAUGUUUAAUUGAAACGGCACGGGAGAGCAUUCCGCUAUUCCCGGACGCGACCUGCGUUACACCUCGAGUCGCCGGCUGCCGUCGAUUUACCCGGCGUUUUUUUUAACUGUCCCUGGGAAGGGACUUGCGGCCUAGUGCAACCCGCGGGAGAAGAGGCACCCUGCCCGGCGAAGGAACUAGUCGAGAGGCGGUGAAUGUUACAGGUGCCGACGCUGUGAGCCCAUGACUGCCGGAGGCCCGGCCCUGAGCUAUGGACAUGGCGGUCGGGAACAGAAGCCACAAUGCGUCCUCCUGUGCUCAGGCACCUGAGUCGACCAGCAGCACGGAGUCGAUGUCGGAGAAGCCGUCGGCGGCCUCGCAGAUGUCUAAGAGCUACGACGCGGUGGUGUUCGACGUGCUCAAGGUCACGCCCGAGGAGUUCGCGAGCCAGAUAACGCUGAUGGAUUGCCCGGUCUUCAAAGCCAUUCAACCAGAGGAGCUGUCGAGCUGCGGGUGGAACAGGAAAGAGAAGCACAGCCUCGCGCCCAACGUCGUCGCCUUCACUCGCAGAUUCAACCACGUGAGCUUCUGGGUGGUGCGGGAAAUUCUGAAGGCGCGCACUCUCAAGAUCCGGGCGGAAAUCUUAUGCCAUUUCAUCAAAAUCGCCAAGAAGCUGCAUGAGCUCAAGAAUCUGCACGCUCUCAUCGCCGUGCUGUCAGCGUUGCAGAGUGCCCCUAUCUUCCGUCUCGCCAAGACCUGGGGGCUGCUGAGCCGCAAGGACAAGGCGUCGUUCGACAAGCUGGACUACCUCAUGUCCAAGGAGGACAACUACAAGCGCAUCCGGGAGUACGUGCGCAGCAUCCGCAUGAUGCCCUGCAUCCCGUACCUCGGUAUCUACCUGUCGGAUCUCAUCUACAUCGACUCGGCGUACCCGGCCUCCGACAGCAUCAUGGAGAACGAGCAGCGCUCCAUCCAGAUGAACAACAUCCUCAGGGUCAUCUCGGACUUCCAGCAGUCCUGCCACUACGAGCUGCCUUUCCUGAGCCACGUGCAGAAGUAUCUCAAGUCCGUGCGUUACAUCGAAGAGCUGCAAAAGUUCGUAGAGGACGACAAUUACAAGCUGUCCCUUCAGAUUGAGCCCGGCGCGAGUACACCUCGUCUUUCCUCGUCGAGAGAAGACGUCCCAGGUUUGCCCGGUUUCUCGUCAUUCGCUUCUUCUGCACGUAAACCCUCCCCCCCUUCUACCACAAUCCAAACAAGUGCCACCCCACCCCUGCCUAGACACCGCAAGAGCCACAGCCUGGGCUACUGCAUGGUGCCGCGUCUUAGCGACGUGGAGGUACGGAGCGCCACCUUCCCGCACGGCCGCGCGAGACACCUGCUGGACGACAGCGUGCUGGAGGGGGGUGGCGGCACGUCACCCCGCAGCCACGCCACCUCCGCCUCCAACGGACUCUCCCUCGGCAGCAGCGAGGGCUCCCAGCAGAGCGAGGACGUCGCGUGGCCUCAGUUUGAGAGGGUGCGCUUAUACGCGUCCCUGGGCCCUCUGAGCCGCGAUGGGAACCACAGCGCGUACCGCGGUCGGUACACGUACGGCAGUUCCCCCGCCACCCCGCUGUCGGGGGUGACCAGCCCGGUCGCUGGCGCCGUCACCAUCGAGGGAGCGCUCAAGAGGAAGACCCUGCUCAAGGACGGGCGCAAGCCGGCGCUGUCAUCGUGGACGCGGUUCUGGGUGGCCCUCACCGGCUCGCUGCUCAUCUACUACCCCUCCAAGGCUCUCAAGGCCACGGAGAGGAAGCACUUUAAGUCGGUGCCGUGCAAGGUGGUCUCCGUGCUGGGCUGGAUGUCGGUUUUGCCCGACCUUCCCGAGCACCCCGACGUCUUCCAACUCACCGACUCGGAGAGAGGCAACUCGUACAAGUUCCAGGCGGGGACGAGGCUCAACGCUCACCUCUGGCACAGGCACCUGGACAGCUCCUGCAAGAGCAACCGUCCGCAGGUGCCGGCGAACCUCAUGUCGUUUGAGUGAAGCCGACUGCAAAGGUCCGUUUUGGUGGGGGGGGGGGGACUGCAGGCGCGAUGGACGGUGCCAUUUACCUGGGGAUAGCACGUGGGCAACAACACGUGGAAGGGCAACACAUGGAAAACACGUGGAAGAUAACACAUGGUACGCAACACAUGGAUAACAUAUGGAAAACACAUGGAUAACAUGAUUAACACAUGGAUAACAUAUGGAAAACACAUGGAUAACAUGAUUAACACGUGCAAGACAACGCGUGGAAGACAACGCGUGGAUAAUAACGCAUGGAAGCAUGAAAACCAAGCUCCCGAGACGUCCUGGUCAAUGGGGGGGUAGGCCUAGAAAAAAAUCACAUCGGGGGGGGGGGGCGAAGACGACGAAAGAUUUUGACUGCAAACGUGCAACUCGGCGUGCGGCGACCCCGUCGAGUCCUUCGGCAUCUGCGGGACGACGUUUUGCGCGUGCGAAGCCUUCGGGAGGCGGUCCAGGCGGCGGCUCGGCACCCCAUCUCCCCCGUCGGAACGACGGGGAAAAGCCUCUCGGGGUCCCGCUCCGGGCAUCACCCGGCACCGCAAAGGGAUCCGUCACUGUCGAGUCAAAUCGGCCGGGUCGCGCGUAGCGACGGGGCGUUUCGGAAAUCGUCUGGAACUGCGCGGAAGAGGUGGGGGGGGGGGGAAGAGAAUCGGAAUCGUUUUUUGUCCUGGGAGAAAUCUGAUGAGCUGUGAAGAUUUUCUGUUUCUUUCUCUCACAGAUGUCCAAUAGUAGGCCACGCACACGCGCGACGGGCUCUCCCAGAGCGAGCCUUCGACGUGGAUUGCCUCUUCUGCCAGCGUCGGGGCAGGCAAUUGCAGCGCUGCGCCUUCGCCUCCCGUGCAAAGUUGCCGGAAAAUCUUAAGACGUUGCCGUGUUUUCCAGAUCGUGAGAUGCUACACGUUUCCCUCCCCCACCUCCCCCCCCCCCACGCCCCACCACCACCAACCGGUAUUUUAAAGCAAAAUUUG